UUUAUUCCAUUUUGUGGGUGUAAACUGCAGGCAAAUCCGCUACCUCCAUUUCAGUCAUCAGAUAACCCUCCGAUUGGAGAAGACUCUACAAGUUCAAGUUCAAGCCAUGCCGUUGAACUUGAAAAACAUAAUCUAGACUCUACGGGAAAUAGUAUGCCUACGUCCUCGUAUCAUGAUCAUGUUGAAUUGAAACAAGCCGAUCAAUUUGGGACUGGGGCAGAAAAUAUUGUCCAUACUGAGGGUGCCGAAAUCGUUGAGGAGCCGAAGUUGGGUAUGGUGUUUGAAUCUGAAGAGGAGUUACUUUGUUACUAUAAAAGAUAUGGGCAACAAAGCGGCUUUCCCAUAAUGACACAAAGGAGUCAUAGGUUUGAGGAUGGGAGUGUUAGAUAUGUGACAUUGGGCUGUGCUCGGGGUGGCAAGGCACGGAACCGUACGUCAAAUGUCGCUAGACCACGUCCGACGUGUAAGACAGACUGUAAGGCAAGGAUAAAUGCCUUAUUCAAGAAAGGGGUGUUGAAGUUGUCGAGUGUUAACAAUUCUCAUAAUCACGGUCUAAGUCCACAGAAGUCGAGGUUCUUUCGUUGCAACAGAGAAGUCAGCGAGUCUGUGAAGAGGGUGUUAGAUAUAAAUGAUCAGGCUGGGAUUAGAAUGAACAAGAGUUUCGCCUCUCUUGUGCAAGAAGCGGGUGGGUUUGAAAACCUGCCUUUCAAUGAAAAAGACUGUCGUAACUAUAUCGACAAGGCACGUCACCUUCGACUUGGGAAAGGUGGAGCUGGAGCCCUCCGUGAGUACUUUGCCCGGAUGCAAUACAAGAAUGACGGGUUUUUUUCACUAAUGGAUAUGGAUGAUGAUGGGCGGUUGAGGAAUGUAUUUUGGGCGGAUGCACGAAGUAGGGCAUCGUACAAAUAUUUUGGUGAUGUCGUCACAUUCGACACGACAUACUUGACAAAUAGAUAUGGGAUGCCGUUUGCACCGUUUGUUGGUGUAAACCAUCAUGGCCAGUCAAUUUUGUUGGGGGCAGCAUUAAUUUCUAGCGAGGAUACAGAAACGUUUACAUGGUUGUUUCAUACUUGGUUGAACUGUAUGGAUGGUGAAGCUCCCAAGGCGAUUAUCACAGAUCAAGAUAGAGCCAUGAAAAAUGCAAUAAGUCUCGUAUUUCCAAAUACCCGGCACAGAUUUUGCCUAUGGCACAUAUUAAAAAAAUUGCCCGAGAAACUAGGUUCACAUGGUGCAUACAAAACCGGGUUGAAAACUCAGUUGCUAAAUUGUGUAUAUGACUCUCACACAAUACAGGAGUUUGAGAGAUCUUGGGAGGAGUUAAUUACGAAGUACAACUUGCAGGAUAAUGCAUGGUUGAAGAGUUUAUACGAUGAACGUACAUAUUGGGCACCAGUGUUCAUGAAAGACGUUUUCUGGGCUGGAAUGAGUACAACCCAACGAAGCGAGAGCAUGAAUGCUUUUUUUGAUGGGUAUGUUCAUGCGAGGACAAACUUAAAAGAGUUUGUCGAUCAGUUCGAUAAUGCCUUGAGGAAGAAGAUUGAGAAUGAAAGUGCUGCAGACUUCCACUCAUUCAAUGUCACAAUUCCCGUUGUAUCUCCCUCGCCACUUGAGAAGAUUUUCCAAGACAUAUACACUUGCAAUAAAUUUAGAGAAGUUCAGAAAGAGGUAAUAGGGAUGCUUGCAACUCUUCCAACUCUUGACCGCAAGGAUGGGGUAAUUGCCACUUACCAUGUCGAAGAUGAAGUGAAUGUUGACGAUUUCAUCAAAGAGGUUACCCACACAGUCUACUUUAAUGAGGCCGAAUGUGAAGUGCAGUGUUCAUGUGCCUUGUUUGAGAUGAGAGGGAUUUUGUGUAGACAUGUCUUGGGCAUUAUGAUAGUUAACAAAGUCCGUACAGUUCCAGAUAAGUACAUACUAGAUCGAUGGAGGAAAGACAUAAAAAGAACAUACACUCUUAUUAGAAGUAGUUAUGACAUUGUUGAUCAGAGGCCUGAAGUGAGGAGAUAUUCACGUAUCAUCAAGAAAUGCUACGAAGUAGCCACAAAUGCAGCAUCAUGUGAUGAGCACACUGAGGAUAUUCUAGCUAAUUUAGAUGCAUUGAACAAUAGCUACCGCACGAAUAAGCCACCGUCUAAGGUUGUAAUUCAUACACCCGAUGAGUUGACAGCUGCGAGUUCAACCAAAGUGCUUAGUCCCCAUGUAGUGCGAGGAAAAGGCAGACCGCCUUCUCUUAGGAAAAAAUCAAUGAUUGAGAGAGUGAAACCCGCGACGAAGAAGGCUAGUCAUAAAGCUAAACGUAAACAGCCGCAUGGACUAGAAGACGAAGUUGUGAGAACGUGUCGAAAUUUAUUUGGCCAAAUAGAGGUUCCCAUUGAACAAAAUGUCCCAGUUCAGCCGCCUCAAAACACGAUAGAAGUGUUGGACUUUAGAGCCACCGAGUUCGGUGUUGCCGUUCAGGAGACUCAAGAAAGUAUGCAAUUUGGGACGGAUGGAACCCAGCCGUCGAGCUUGCCUGAGACACAACCGUGGGAAUAAGUCAGUUGAUGGGGGAUGGUCUGAUUCCAGUUCAAGUAGCAAAUUGCAAUAGAUUACCUGCAGUUUUUAACAAAAGUGGCCGAGUAAGGUGAUGGCAAGAUUUGUACAAAAGUAGCCGAGUAAGGUGAUGGCAAGAUGUUGGACAGUUGGUGUUUUGGUGCUUUUUUGAUGGGUGGACAGUUGCAACAGAUUGCUCUGGUUUUUUGAUGGGUGGACAGUUGCAAUGUGAAUAUUAUUUUUUGAUGGGUGGAACAAGGUGUAAUGUAAAGGUUUGAUGUGCUCCUGAUAGGAGAUGAUGUGGAUAUUUGUAUGUUGGUUGGAUAGUAGAUGAGAUGGUGUAAAUAUUAUUUUUUGAUGCAAUACACGUGAUUGGGAAAACUUUGUAUAUGGCUUGACUUGAUAUUUAUUUAUUUAUUUUUGAAUAAUAUAUGUUAACUUGUGAGGAA